ACUUCUCUCUUCAAUAUAUUCUCUGCACAAAACCAACAACAAAAUCAAAGUUCUCUCUCUUUUUGUAUACCAAGAAUAAUUCCUAUACAGACACCCUUUUAGUUUCUUGAUUUUCAUCACCACUAUUUAAGUAAAAGAUGAAGAUGAGCAGCAGUAAUUUGGGAAGUUCAAAGAGGAAGCUAAUUUCAAGCAGAGGACUCGGAGGAGUUCUUAGGCAGCAAAGAGCAAGGCUUUACAUAAUCAAGAGAUGUGUGGUCAUGCUCCUUUGUUGGCAUGAUUGAAUUUACAAUACUCCAAAUUAAAUUAGUUAAAUUCCAGAUAACCCUUCAACAAAGUUGAGUUAUGGGUUUGUCCAUAGUCUUUUUAUUCUUGUUUUUCCCCCCACUUCUUGGAAUUGUACAGAGCAGUAGUCUAUAUUAGGCAGUAGUAAAAAGGCUUUUAGCAAUUUUGUACUAAAUUUAUGCCUAGUGGUCUCUUGCAUACACCAGAUAGCUUCAAUCAAAGACAAUAUCCAUUUUGAUUAACGUUUUUUGAGUCUAAUUUCUCUUUCAGACACUUCAGAAUAUUUAUUUGUACUAAAUGUUUACCCCAACCAAUGAAUGUUUCGUAUGUCUUUUAUACAUAAA